GGUUGCUUAUCGCAUUGCCAAGCAAAAGAAGCCACAUACGAUUGGAGAGACCUUGGUAAAGCCAUGUGCCCUUGAAAUGGUCGAGCUGGUUUGUGGCUUGGAGCAGAGGAAGAAAAUUGCAGCAGUGCCUUUGUCAAAUGACGUCAUCCACUCUACAAUUGUUGACAUUUCUUCUAAUAUUCUGAAGCAAGCCAUCGACAUCUUAGAAAUGGUGAAUAGUUUCUUUGCCAAGCAAAACUUCGACUGGAAGAAAAAUCUUUGUACUCUGUGCACAGACGGAGAACCUGCGAUGCUUGGCAACACAUCUGGUUUUGCUGCUUUGGUGAAAAAAGAAGCUCCUCAGGUCAUUGUUUUCUACAUCGGCAUGCAUUGGCGUCAAAGUCUCAGCCAGCAAUUCUGA